CGAAACAGUUCCCAACUACUUAAUUUAGUCUCUGAUACGAAAAAGUAAUGAUGUUCAACUUUUCACUGAGUUAUGAUCGAGUAGAGAUGCUUUUCUGGUUGACGAUACUAUUUUAUACGAACUGGACAUCAGCUGGAGGUGCUGAAAGUGAAGUUAGGGCAAGAAAAUGUCUAACUCGAGAUAAUCUACCAGGCCAAUGCAUGAAAAUCCAGCAAUGCCAGCAAAUUUGGGUUUAUUAUGAGAGUUACUACAAAUGGAAUAAACCGAUACCCCUAAGAAUGAAAAAGAGGCUCAAUAGUCUCUCUUGUAUACAUAUGUCUGUUGGCGAAACGAUCGUUUGCUGUGCCACCAAAUACUUGAACUUUGAGCAUAACAUGAAGUUUGCGAUUUCUAAUGAGAAUCCUCCUGAUGUUUCCAUGCAUGAUAACCUGCAUCUGUUGCCAUAUGAAUGUGGCAAAGCACCAAGUGAUUUUAAAAUAAGGAAUGGUGGAAAAACGGGUUUGGGUGAAUUCCCUUGGAUGGCAAUACUCUUCAUCGGCAAAGUGUUUCCAAAAAUAUGUGGAGGUACUAUAAUCAAUGAGAGAUAUAUUCUCACAGCAGCACACUGUCUCACUAAAGCAAAACGUAAAUCGAUAUACGUGAGAGUAGGAGAAUACGAUUUAGCCAAAGAAAAAGACUGUGUACCAACUCGGUGUGCUUCUCCAGUUCAGAAUUUGUCAGUUGAAAACAUAAUUAUUCAUCCGAACUAUAGAAGAAGGCAUCAUGAUGACAUCGCUCUGUUGAGAGUAUCCAAGAUGAAUUUCAAAGUAGAAAAUGUGAAGCCGAUAUGUUUGCCAAUUAAUCCGAAAUCGAAUGAGCAAGAGGUCAAAAAAUUAACUGUGACUGGAUGGGGCCUUCCCUUCACGAAUGCAUUAACUGCCAACAUGAUUCUACAGCGGGCAGAAUUAUCAAUCGUCGACCAGAAACAAUGUCAAAAAACUUACAAUGAUUCACCCAGGAUAACACAAAAACAUAUUUGCACUGGAGGCUCCAAAUCUAUGAUGGCGACCUGCCCAGGUGAUAGUGGAGGGCCUCUGCAGACUCAGGUGUAUGUCAACGGAGAUGUGAGGUAUGUUCAAAGAGGAAUUGUGUCGUUCGGACCGGCUGUAUGCGGGAAGGAGAGAGUUCCAUCAGUUAACACUAGGGUCGAUUUUUAUCUGGAUUGGAUAUUAGACUCGAUCAGAGCGUAGAAUAAAUUAAUCAAUCUUCGUGCAGCAAGUCACCAAGAAGAAUGAUUCAUCGGAUCAACGACACAUUUUUCCACUAAACAUAAUACGUAACGAAAACAUAUAGAUAUAUACAGUGUGAUGUACCCGGUGAAAACCUACGAACGGCUGUCAUAUCUAUCAUUCUUCCAACUUUGAUAGUUUAUAUCUUCCGUUGGCGAAAAGCUAUGUUGCGGUUUUCGUUGGUCUGUUGAGAUUUAGUUUCUCUAUAACAUCGUCGUGUAAUGAUAUGCAUACCAUUAGAUUUAUUCUAUCUCAAACUUGUAUCAUUAUUUGUUGCUGAGAUAUGGUCGACAGCCGUUUUUAGUUGUUCACCCUGUACAGUAGUAUUAUAUGAAUGUAUCAUAGAUUUCAUAACAUCAAUGUUACUUC